UUUCACGAGCUUCGUUAAAACUUUCAAGUACUGGAGCAAUUUGCUCCGAAAUGGGAAAUACUCCUAACCUCUCACGCACGGACAUUCUGCAGCUUGGGGAUUAGGAUUUUCCACGAAAUUAAAGCAAACGUUCUGGAUGAGUAUGCCCAGAGGAAGUCAUGCCCCUUUAAUUAAAUGCUCUUGCUACGCAAGGUGCUAAUAAAUCUGACGGUGCUCGCCGUGGUCCUAGGGCUGUUCUACUGCUACCAAACUUUAAAUGGUGUCCGUUGGUCGAUGCGAAUCAUCCCUCAGAACGCCUCGACCCUCCAGUCGAGCCGUUCUGGGGACACUGUGCUCUCGAGCGUGUUGCUCGCGGGCGAAAACAUUUACUACAACGUCUGGUGCAUAUUCACCAAAGUCGCCAGCAACUCGCCGAUGAGACGCAAGUUCGAGAUCUUCGCUGACUCGUUGCUCAGACUGUCCUCAGUCGACAUCGCGUUACACGUGAUCACCGACGAAGACAGCAAGGACGUGGCCAAGAAAGUUCUCGACAGCGUCCUGUCCUCCACCGGGAAAUUCAUGAAGGUACAAUACUAUGACGUGCACGAGCUGGCGUCUAGAUUGGAGGACAUAGUGCUGGUCAUGUCUUCGCACUUCAGCAGCAAACCAGGGACUUAUUACUCGGAUGCCCUCUUCUUUCUGUCCCUGGGUUUGCACAGAGUGGCUCCGGUCGAGCAGAGCCUGGCGGCCAUGUUCGACGCGGACACCAAGUUCCGCAAGGACAUUAAAGACCUGUUUGAAGAGUUCAACAGCUUUGGUAGCCAAGCCUUGUUCGGUUUGGCGCCGGAGCUCACGCCUGUUUACAGGCACGUUUUGUAUUUGUAUCGCAAUAAACAUCCACAUACAAUGUUCGGGGAACCUGCUGGGUCCGGUGGCUACCCAGGGUACAACAGCGGAGUGGUGCUGUUCAACCUGGACAGGCUUCGAAAUUCGUCUGUUUAUCAGCAGAUUGUUAAAAAGGAGAGCGUUGAUUCCAUGACGGAGAAGUACCACUUCAAGGGUCAUCUUGGGGACCAAGAUUUCUACACGCUGCUGGGCAUGGAGAGGCCGGAUCUGAUUCGAACCAUCGACUGUGGUUGGAACAGACAGCUCUGCACAUGGUGGAGAGACCGUGGCUACGCGGACGUCUUUAAAAAUUACUCCAGCUGCGACUCGGAGACGAAACUAUGGCACGGGAACUGCAAUACCCCUGUACCUGACGAUUAGGGUCCUCCUGGACUUCGUUCCACUCA